GAUUUUAGAGUUUUGUUUCAAUUGGGUGUGCGAGAAUGGAGUUCCUGGACGAGGACGCGAGGCCGAGGUUCGUGUUCCAGUCCGGUGCCGUUGCAAGCACCGAACCACCGCACCCGGACCACAAACCUACCAAGCCGUUCCUCUUCGUCACCAUUUCUCUCUCUUCGCUCUUCCUCGCUCUAUCUCUCUUCUUCCUCGAAUCGGAACCCUUCAAAUCGCUCCUAUUCUGGCUUGCGCUCUCUCUCCUCAUCGGCCCCUUCGCUCCCCCCUCCCUCACCGGCGGCGACGUCCGCGUCGGCCUCGGCGAGGUCGUCAACUUCCCUGAUCCGGAGCCGGAAACCGACGACGACGCUAGGAAGCCUCCGCAACGGCGAUCCAGACAGCGGAGGCCCGAGGAAGUCGCCGCCAUCGGCCCAGUGGUGUCCGUCAGCACCGCGGAGAAGAGAGGGGGAGGCGGCGGAGUGGAGAAGGUUUCGACGGUGGUGGAGGAGAAGGAUUGGAACGAGGAGGAUGUGGAGGUGCUGAAGAAGCAGCUGGUGAAGAAUCCGGUGGGGAAGCCAGGGCGGUGGGAGGCGAUAGCGGCGGCGUUCGGCGGAAGGCACGGUGUGGAGAGUGUGAUAAAGACGGCAAAGGAGUUGGGGGAGAAGAAAGUGGAUGAUUCGGAUUCUUAUGCAUUGUUCUUGAAAAAUAGGAAGGCAUUGGAUAAGAGGGUUGUGGAGGAGAAUGGGGGUGAGGACUCGGUGACGGUGGAUAAAGUUGUUGAGAAUGGUUGGAGUUCUGGCGAAGAUAUCGCGUUGUUGAAUGCAUUGAAAGUGUUCCCUAAGGAUGUUUCAAUGAGGUGGGAGAAGGUUGCUGCGGCGGUUCCCGGGAGAUCCAAAGCUGCUUGCAUGAGAAGAUUUACUGAAUUGAAGAAAGGGUUUCGGAAUGCAAAAGCUGCAGCCGAGUGAACACUGUUCUCCCCAGGAUCAUUUUUUUGUUUGUUUAAUUUUGUUAUGAUUUAUAUUGUUUUUGGCUUUGAUGAGGCAUUAUUUGCACCUUCCUAUGGGUAAUACUCAUCCUAUGAGUAAUACAUAAAUUCUGUUCGUGUAACUCUAUGAAAUGCAUUGAUCUGAACAACAUAUGUAUUUGGAAUCUCUUAUAGUGAAAAAUAGAUAUUUGAUAUUGACUCUU